ACGCGGGGCGGAGGACACCGCGUGGUGCGGGUCCGUCCUGGUUAAAGAGCCGAGGGCUUCGACGGGAAACAGACGCUGACGCUCGGACUCACGGUGCUCGUCCAAACUGUGCGCGAGCCCCGCAAGGGUACAGUCUUGAAUCAUCAAACAGAUGUUUAAUAAGCGCUGCCUCAAGUCAUUUCGAUGUCUGGGACCUGUUCAUGGCUCGUGAGAAGAAGCAGAAAGGCAUGGUGUUCCAUCAAGAAGGGGAACCCACCUCUGCAACAGCACCUGCAGGAACCCAUCCCUCUGCAUGCCUGGUUGUUCCCAAACUAGGGGAAGCAAGUGAAGGCGAGAUGGAACGAAGCACCCAUGUGACCAGCGAAGAGGCAGACGGGAUUGAAGCCAACAUGUAUCCAUCGAAGGAAGGUGUCGGGACUCCUGCUGGUUUUCCUGCUGUGAAGUAUCCCACCAGUUUAACUCCUCAUCCAGACAACAUGUCACCUGAUAUCAUCUGCAAAGGAAUCAGAGUGACGCUGGACAACAACAGCAUGUGGAAUGAGUUCUUCAGAUGUAAAACAGAGAUGAUUCUGACUAAACAAGGCAGCAGGAUGUUCCCUUACUGCCGCUUUCGCAUCUCCGGCUUACAGCCAUCUAAGAAGUACUGUCUAGUCAUGGACAUUCAACCUUUAGACAACAGUCGGUACAAGUGGACUGGCAAGAGCUGGCAGGUUGCAGGGAAAGCAGAAUGUCAAGUGAAGAGUAAACCAUUCGCUCAUCCAGAGUCCCCAUCAGCAGGUCAACACUGGAUGCAGAAUCCAGUGUCCUUCUACAAACUGAAGCUCACCAACAACAUGUCAGAGCAAGAGGGGAACACCAUCCUGCAGCCCAUGCACCGCUACUCUCCACGACUGCACGUAGUCCAAACUGACAAAGCAGCGAAAGACAUAAAGCUAAAUGCUCCUUGUGUUGUCACAUUCAGUUUCCCUCAGACUGAGUUCAUGGCAGUCACCGCUUACCAGAACUCACGUUUUGCUCAGCUCAAAGUCGACUAUAACCCGUUUGCCAAAGGACUGAAGGAGGAUGGCUCCAGUUCGCUGGGCCUAAAGCUGAAAUUCAACUCUGGCAAAGACUUGCACAAAGCUGGAGGCACAACAACCACUGAACAUCGUCCUGUGAAAGAGAGCUUGAAAUGUUUGCUUGCAAACCAUAAACCAAGAAGCUCAAAAGCAAUGGAUUCAAAACCUCCGGUGUCAAGGGACCUACAGAAUUCAACCACCAGUGGAGAUCGGUCGGCUGCCCAGGUUCCAGAGGAAAGUUUGUGCAGCAGUUCACAACCAUCUCAAAAGUUGUUUUCUGAACUUAUUCGAGAGGCUCACGUUUCAUUGCAACGAUGUAACCUGGAUCAGCUGGACACAAAGAACAGCACCUGUCAGCGAGCGGAGCUCACAAACACUACAACCACAGCUUCGGAAAGUAAAAGAGAAGAUGUCUCCAAGAAGGACCAAACACCCAGUGAAACAUUGUGUGUAAAGAACUGUGAAAAUGGGUUAAUGUCAAAGAGGAAAUUCAAACAGGACAGGCACAAUCUGAACUUACACCACUGCAAGGACAAUGCUAGCUCGGAUUGUUCUGAGGUCACGAAGGUCGUUACUGUUCCAGUGGUGUCCCAGAAAACCUCUGUUGAUUCAAACCACAAACUUACACCUGCAUUUCCAUCAGAGGUGAAUAUAAAGCAGCAUAAACGACCGGCACCUCUACCUCUACCAGCCCUUGCUCUUUUUUUGAAGCAGCAUUUGACAAAGUCUAAAAAGUCCAAGAAUAGUCCAGGUUCUACUCCCCCAGUACUUUCAUCCGAGUCACAGAGUUCUGCUGAGAACUCUACAUGUGUCCUCUCUGAUCAUGCCAGCAAUGCUAAUGUUCCCUUGAAAGAUCUCACUAGCAAUAUAACAAAAUUUAACAACCACGCCUCAGGACAAGCCAUUGCAGACGUUCAUCCACCUGGAAAAGCAGUUAAAGAAGCCUUUCAGUCUUCUAGUCCAUCAUGUUUAGAUGCUGUAGGCAAUGUAGAGCCAAAGGAACCGAGGGCUGAUGGUCACUUGGCCUCCAUUUCAGUAUUCGAAAACCCAGGCUCCAACAUGGCCGUACCAGAUGACAGUCCAGUGCCACCAAACUCAGAUCAGCAAUUGUGUACCCAUGGAACAUUUUCAUCCUCCAGUUGUUCAACUCCUGCUAGCUCUUCUGCAUCUCCUGUGUUGUCACCGCCCCUUGACACAAUGUUAAUUGCCCUGAACUCACCACAAACACCACCAUUCACAGAGUCUUCUACACUACCCUCAGACUCCCCCACCAUAAAGGCUGAUUCUUUGCUCCCUGACCCUGAAUGUUCUCCUUUUGGCUUCAAGCCUUUGUCAGCUGCUACUUCUCCAGAGCCUUUAGCUGCCCUGCCUGCCUCGUUAGCUUUUGAACUGAACUCCACUACCUCUGAAACGACUCUGAGAGCAGUACCCCCUGAAGAGUUAUCACAAAAUGUAUACUCUACUCCAACUUUGUUAAAAUGGCAUACGGUGUUACCUACACAUGAGCCGUACAUAGACACUUCAUACACAACAUUUCAGUCCACAUCACAGCCACUUUCUUUAGUAUCUAUCUCAUCACCUUUGUUGCCUUCUUCGACCCCCACCCACACAGAACCACAAACUCUUGAAACCUCCACAUCUAUGGCUCUGGAUGAUCCUACUUUAUCAUUUCAACAGAACGAACAGUUGCUGCCUUUCCCAGGAGAACUGUCCCCCCUUGCUCUGCAGUUGCCACUGUCUCCAACUUUUUAUUCUUUAGAUGGAGAUGGAUUAUCACCUACGCCUUCAAUCGCAGACCUUGUGCAUUUUUUCUCCACCGAUGAUGACCUUGGGAUGGGGGUGGAGUUUUCUAAUUCUGAGGCAGUGGCAGUUACCUGCCCACCUCCUACGAUAGUAGAGGCAAUUGCACAUGAACCUUCUCAGCUACUCCAACCUUGCCCAGCCAAGAAACCCUGCAAGAACCAGAAGAAGUUCCGCCAACGAAAGCUUGCCAACAUGGAUAUGGACCAGAAGGUUGAUAAUGCCACCUACACUAGCAUGAAGCCGAACCUGGAGGAAGUGGAGGAGCAGUUAUUCAUCUCGUUCACAUCCAAGGAGGCCCUCAAACUUCACAUUGCAGACUCCCCUGAGGAAACGGUCACGCAACCUUCACACAACCAGACGACACCUGAAGGUCACCGGCCACCACCUGCCAACACAACUGAGAAUGUGAAUGAUGACGGGACAACGUGUGGGAGUCCAGCAGAGAGUGUGGAGAGGAUCAGUAGCUGUGAGAAGACGCUCCUGACGGACCUGAAGAUGAUGAAACACAAACAGGUCAUUCACCCUGUGCUGCAGGAAGUGGGUCUGAAGAUGAACCUUCUGGAUCCCAGUCUGGCCAUAGACCUGCAGUACCUGGGAGUCUGUCUGCCCAUCUCCCCUGGAGCGUCUCCGGAGCCCGUGACCCUGGAGCUGCCUCCAUCUCAGGCGUUUGUGUCCAGAACAGGAAAAACCACCGACAUCACUCAGAUUAAAGGUUGGAGAGAGAAAUUCACUGCGUCGGAGGCUCCGCCCACUCCUUCAUCAGCCACACCUGAAGCUGGUCCCAGUUCAGAUCCGCCCAAGAAGAACCUGUCGGCGUUCUGCAGCGACAUGUUGGACGAGUAUCUGGAGAGUGAGGGGAAGCUGAUCGACGAGCGAGCUGCAAGCUUCUCUCAGCCUGUGGUGGGGCCGGUGGUGUACGAGCUCCCCGCCAGGAGCACCAGCUACGUCCGAACCCUGGACAGCGUACUGAAAAAACAUACUGCCAGCUCCCCCACCUCAGACCUCAUAUCUGGAUUCAUCCCCCCCUCCAAGAGAUCAAAGCCCUCUCUCAAAGAGACCAAGACUUCCAGCAAGGAGAGGAAACACAAAGGUCCUAAAAUGAUCAAACUCAGACCUGAACCGGCAGCUGCUUCAGUUUCAACACCUGAACCAAGUCCAGCUGAACCAAACCUGGAGCCUAAACAGCCUCCAGUCCCGACCUCAGCAGCCCCCCCGCUAUCAGAGCCCACGUCAGCCGUCACUGAACCUCACAAAUCCAAGAAACACCGGAAACGAAAGCUCAGUUUCAACCUCUCAGAACUGUCAACUCUGUCCCCUCGGACCCCCACCUCCAAUAGGAGAAGGAGACUCAAGUCCUUGUGCCAGACUCUCAGCCCCCCCGGCACCACGGCCCACCUGCCGCAUGUCUCAGAGGACCAGGCUCCUCUAGAGUCGGACUCUGAGCUGGGGGCUGGUGCCGAUCAGGGCAAUGAGGACAGCAGACCUGUGAUGACCCGAGCUCUGUUUAGACAGAAGGACCUGGAGGACGGAGUGGUGUGGGAGGGCCGACCCAGGACCAGCAUCACCAGUGAGCGGGCCGCCAUUGCCCUGACAUCACUCUUCACACUAAUGGGUUUCGUCAGUGAGAAUCCCACCGCUCCCGUCCAGCUGGUCCGCAGACGAGCGCCGCCCUGCCUGAAUGACUUCUGCAGGCUGGGCUGUGUCUGCUCCAGUCUGUCCCACUGCUCCAGGAUCAGUCACUGCGGCCGGCCUUGCUGCAUGUUCGGCUGCAGCUGCCUCAAACAGAAGGUCGUCCUCCUCAAGAACCUCGACGGCUCAGACUCAAGCCCCUCCCCCAAAGGGAAGAGGAGGAGGAGGAGGAGAAGGAUGAAGAUGGCUUACAUUCUAAAGGAGGUGGACAGCGUUUCCCAGCCUGCUGAGCGGGUCAGGAUUCUGUGGAGGAAGGAUGCUAGAGACUCAGAUCCAGAUCCGACAUCCGUCCCUGACGUAGCAUCUGUGCUCCGCAGCUCUGAGAGCAGUGAUAACAGCAGCUGUGCCAGGGUCAGAGGUUACAUAGGAAAGAGGAAGAGCUGGAAACAAACGGACACCAAGAAAAUCCUGAAGCCUAAAUCUGUUCAACUGAAAGAUGUGAAACAGAGAGACCUGCCCCUGAUGGAAGCAAAGACCAGUGCCCCCAGUCCUCCUGCUGCAGCUCAGCCAGUUUCCCCCGUGCGGCCUCAGAGUCCCCCCCCAGAGCCGGCCCCGAAACCCUCCAAGCGUCUGAUCAUCAUCGCCGAGUGCAAGUGGGCGACCGACACCGACCGCAACUACGUGCUGAAGAGGCUGUGCGAGGAAAUGGCUCAGGACCGACUGGACCAACCUUUCUGGCUCCAGAAGUAUUUCAUACGUCCCACCAGUCAGAAUGUGGAGGAGAGCGGCAGAGGCCGCUGCACACAGCACAUAGUCCACAUCACCAGACCCACUGAAGAGCCUGAGAAACCAGCAGCUCCACCAAAACCACAACGACUGGGAAACCAGAGGACAGAGAAACCACAACUACAGCAAGAGGGCCACCUGAGACAGGUGAGCGGGGGGGCGGAGCAUCUGGAGGCUUGGCAGUGGGAGAUCACGGAGGAGGACACGCCUCCAGAGGACUGGCAGCAGGAGCUAGAGGAAGGUGAAGUCCAGGAGGAGAAGCCUCCAGAGGACUGGCAGCAGGAGCUAGAGGAAGGUGAAGUCCAGGAGGAGAAGCCUCCGGAAGACUGGCAGCAGGAGAUCAGGGAGGAGGAGAAGCCUCCGGAGGACUGGCAGCAGGAGAUCACGGAGGAGGAGAAGCCUCCGGAGGACUGGCAGCAGGAGAUCACGGAGGAGGAGAAGCCUCCAGAGGACUGGCAGCAGGAGAUCACAGAGGAGGAGAAGCCUCCAGAGGACUGGCAGCAGGAGAUCACAGAGGAGGAGAAGCCUCCAGAGGACUGGCAGCAGGAGCUAGAGGAAGGUGAAGUCCAGGAGGAGAAGCCUCCAGAGGACUGGCAGCAGGAGAUCACGGAGGAGGAGAAGCCUCCGGAGGACUGGCAGCAGGAGAUCAUGGAGGAGGAGAAGCCGCCAGAGGACUGGCAGCAGGAGAUCACGGAGGAGGAGAAGCCUCCGGAGGACUGGCAGCAGGAGAUCAUGGAGGAGGAGAAGCCUCCAGAGGACUGGCAGCAGGAGAUCACGGAGGAGGAGAAGCCUCCAGAGGACUGGCAGCAGGAGCUAGAGGAAGGUGAAGUCCAGGAGGAGAAAGGCUCAACACUGAUGAACAAGGGGAGCAAGAGGAGUGGGGGGGGAAAGAAACGAAAGGAAAAGAAGGAGAUGGUCAGUUUGGCUCUGCCGUUCCUAACAGGAAUCUCCCCAGCUGGAUUCCUCUCAGCCAGAAGAAGACAACCGGGAGGGGCCGACCACCUGGUCCAGGUCAACGGGAAACUCUAUCCUCUGGCUAAGAUCCAGUUAGGAAAGAUGGGGGCGCUCCAUCCGGCAAACCGCCUGGCGGCCUAUCUGACCGGCCGGGUGGGGUCCAGCAGGAAGCACCUAGGAUCUUCUUCGUCGUCCUCCCAAUCCUCUAAACCUCCUCAGACACAGAGUUCCGACCCGACCCCCCCAACUAACUUCUUGGCUUCCUCAAACAUCAUUGCUGCCGACUACACCCCACCCCAAACACAGCCGUCAACCACAGCAGCUACCGCCCCCCCCUCUGCCACAGUUCUCGACCAAUCAGCACCUAAGGGGGCGAGGACCGGGGCUGUUGCUGUGAGGUUGAACCAGAAUCCUGCGGCUGGGGGAGUCUCGGUGACACCUGUCACUUCUGUUCCUGGGGUGAAGGGCCUCCUGCCCAUCGGUCAGAGGAUGGUCCUGCAACAUGUUCUCACAGCACCAGAUGGAAGGCAGUACUACCGCCUUCCAGAUGGUAAGCUGGUCCAGCUUCUUCCCAUCAGCAAGACGAGAGCAGCUCCGCCUGUUCCCAGAGGUUGUGCUCCCCCCUCAUUCCUCCCCCCUGCGACAGGACUCCCUGUUGAAAUCCCACCACGGACCUCUCUCCUCUUCUCCCCCCUGUCUGGCCUCCAGUCUUUCUCUGGGCCCCCCUGUCCCCCCCCCCUUGGCCCGGGCACUGGUUUCCUGUCUCAGAAGACGAAGUGCACCUUUAAAAUCCUUCCUACCAACUCCAAGAAGGAACAGAUCUUUAUCAGCUGUCCUGAACUCCCCACCCGGGUGGUGACGACUCCCAGCACCUCUCUCCAGAGCUCCUCCCACCCCCCCGCCCCCCUGUUGAACCCUCUCUCCCUCAAACUCUCCAAAGGUCAGGGGGCAGAGCUCAACGGCAAAACAGUGAAGGUGUCAGUGGACUCUGUGAUUGCUGGUGGGCUGUCCGCCUUUCAGAAACCCACUACAUCCCAGACCUCUACCAUCUCCCUGACCCCGCCCCCUGCUUCAGGGUCAGAGGUCACACCUUUACCCCCAUCGCACCCCAUUGCUGAGCCUGAGGUGGCCUCUGACCUGGUGGACCUGGACAUAAUCUGCGUGGACAAUGAGAUGGAGGUCAUUACCCCAGAGACCUCUGAGGUGCUGGACCUGGCAGGGUCUUCAAGUGGAGAGACAGAAAACUCGUCAGACUUUGGAGACGAAGACAACCAGCGACAGGUUCACAAUUUGUUGGAGAGGAGGCGUCGAGUGAAGAUGCGUGAGAUGUUCCGAGGUCUGAGGAACGAAGUUGGACUGACGGACGACAGAACUUCCAAGAUCUCCACGCUGAACAAGGCGGAGCAACUGAUCCAGGAGCUGAGGUGGACGGAAGCACAUCUGACCGAGAAGAAGAGGAGGCUGAUGAAGAGGAGGGACCACUUCCUCUCAACCAUCGCUACAACAGGAAACAACAUUGAUAAUGACAUCAUAUUCAUAUCAUCGAACGUACAGCUGCCGACUCUCCCAGUUCCUCCAACCACUGCCCAGUCCUCUACCAAACCUGUCCCCCUUCCUGUUGCUGCAUCUGUCCAGACACCUGUCCCUGUCCCUGUAGCUGCACCUGUCCCUGUCCCUGCCCCUGUAGCUGUCCCUGUCCCUGUCCCUGUUGCUGCAUCUGUCCCUGUCCAUGUCCAGACACCUGUCCCUGCACCUGUCCCUGCACCUGUCCAGGUGUCUGUCCCUGUCCCUGCACCUGUCCCUGUCCCUGCACCUGUCCAGAUGUCUGUCCCUGUCCCUGCACCUGUCCCUGUCCCUGUCCAGACACCUGUCCCUGUCCCUGCACCUGUCCAGAUGUCUGUCCCUGCACCUGUCCCUGCACCUGUCCAGAUGUCUCAGAGGAUCCUGCAGGUGUCCCAGUCCUGCCUUGCUCCUCUUGCUGUAUCCCAUAUCACACCUGUGGUUCACUACCGGCCAAAGACGAUACCAAACAUCUUGUCUCACAGUAGAAGACCAGUUCCAUCAUCAUCAUCUCUGCUCCCGACUGCUGAGGCUCCGCCUCUUCAGGUUCUGGUACCGGCUGACGUUCUGUCUCGGAUCGGUGCCGCGCUGCCAGGACAACAGCUCCUGAGUCCGCUGAUGGUUCUGCAGACGACAGCUCCAGCACCAGAAUCCAGAACCUUCUCAGAGGCUUCAAACCGGCUGCACCUGCCUCAACCCCCUCAGAGGGUUUCUGCAGGACCAGUUCUCCCCUCAGACCAGAUCCUAGACCAGGCCCCAUCCUCCUCCUCCACCCUGUGCCCAGGACUGAGUGUUGAUUGUGGGGCAGAGGUCGGUUCUCUGGGUGUGGGGCCAAAGACCAGAGCCGACGGUGGCACUGAGAGUCCGACGUCCCUCAAUGAGAUCGUCUCCGUCAACCAGCGGACUGUCUCCACAGCCGGGGUCUCGUAUGAGGUGGACCACGCAGGGGGUGGAGCCAAGGAGCAGGGCCACACCCACAGCUUGGAGUUGGACAGUGACAACAGUGCUGCCAUUGAGACACAGCAAGGAAGUCUUCAGGGCCACACGGAGAUGACGCAGACCGGACCUCAAACUGGACCAACCGAUGGGAACGCUACAGGUAAUGCCCUGGCCCCGCCCCCUCUGCUGCAGAGGAAGGUGGGAGGGGCUAAGGUGUUUGACUCUGCCAGCAGUGACAGAGCAGCAGUGGGCGAGCGGAGGGAGGAGGGAGUGACGGCCUGGAGGCCGAUGCCGCGGCUGGUUCCUCUCGGGCUGAGAGGAAACCCGCCCAGCUGAUGAUGGCGCUGCUUGAUCAGUGUCUCAUUGGUCAUCGCUGUUUAUUAAGUUAUUUCAAAUAUUAACGUCCUCGCAAACAAACAUGACACAUCUGCAAAACUGUAAAAGCCAGAAGUCGACCUGCAGUGUGUCACGUUAUAGGAAGUAUGUGGACACGUGUCUGAGUCCUCGAUGUCUCACACCUGAACUCUGAAGAUCACCUGAGACGGGCGUGAACAGUGACACCCCCGACCUCAACCUUGACCCUGACCCUGACUACAACCUCGGCCUUGACUCAACCAUCAUGAAAGUUCUUUCUCUUCAGUUUUCAAAUUAAAAGCUCACGUUGUUAAUCUCAGAACCAAAUUCACCACGCAAUACAAACAUUUUAAUGUUUUAAACCUUUUAAGGAUUAAAAAAGGUGAUUUGCUUCAUUCAAGUGUUUACAUAAUCUGAUCUGAAAUCAUUUUUCUAACUUUCAUUUAAAGGUCGUAAGAAAGUGCCCUGCAAAAGAAUAUCUAUAAAAAUAAAGAAAUAGUUUAAGUCUCACAAAUCUUCAACCUGUUUUCUCUAAAAAUAUAAGUUUUCUAAGUCUCAUCUCUUUGUGAAACUCUACAUUAUUGUUAUCUGUCCAUGUUAUUGUGUAUGUGGACAAACUUUUUUUAUUCUGACAUUUUAAUAAUUUUUUGACGGGACGUAGAAAAACCUGAGUGAAGGAAACGAAUGAACACAAAUGACCCUACCCGUGGUUCAAGGAUGAAGACGAGUGAGAACAGGAAGUCUCCGCUCGGUGUUGGAUGAAGACGCAGCUGCUUCUUGUUUGUUGAAUUAAAUGAUGUUGUACAGUUUGUUUUUCUUACAUUUGUAUUUUUGUACUUGUGAAAGAAACUUUCUGAUGUAAAUAUAAUUUGUCUGAUCGCACAAACAUCAGUGUUCAACACUAAUAUAAAUAAAGUUUGAAUAUGAA